UCCUGAAAUAGCUAUACAAAAACAUAUUCUUGUAUUAUAUCAUCAUUAUAGUCAUCUAAAUGUGAUUAAAUAUGAAUGUGGGGCAGUGGGACUCCAUGUGGUGUUAUUCAAAGCUUGACCGUUUGACCCAGUAAUGUGGUGGCUAUUGAUUUUCAUCACUAUUUAUUUUCAUUUAAAAAGCCAUUACAGACAUUUUACAAGGCUGGAGAUAUACACAUGAGAGACAGACGUCAGCUAUGAGUCAAGCAAGGAAUGUCAGGAAUGUGAUGAGUGUGAUAAAAUGACUAUAAAGCAGACAGACCCUCCUUUGUUUCCACUGUAACGCUGCUGUCUCAACUCACAUUAGCAUCCUUUAACACUCCAUGUCAUAUACAUUUUAUCCACAGAUUCAUGCAUAGUGGGCGAAUUCAAAGAUGGAAAGCUACGAGGAGUUCUGUCUGCAAAGAGUGUCAAUGCUGCAGGAGAAGGGGACAUUUGAGCCGCUCGCCAAGACUUACUCCGUUAUCGUCUUCUGUGGGAAGGCUGUUCUGUCACCUGUGUUGAAUGCAGAGCAGCGUCACGAGAUGUGCAACUUCAGAAGGAUGGCCGUUCAGCGAGAAGCGGACCAGAGGAAUCAGCAGCGGAACAAGCUUCCUGUUCAAGUUGUGGCGAGUGGUAUCACGCAAUCAGGAGAUUUAGCAGAUAAAGAAACUAAAGAAACACAAGACAACGAGAAACCACUUUGCAAGGUACAACAAUUACCAAUGGACGGGCUUGAAAAGUCAUCAGCUUCCAAACCAGCAACCUUGUGCGGUUACACCCUGAUCACCGACUCACCCAGCCUUCCCAAAGACCCUGGUAUUGGCCUUCAAGCUAAUCUUCAGCUAAUCAGUCCAACCGUUCCCAAUGGUCUCAUAGCUGGUGAUGAGGAGAGGGUAGAGACCGAAGACAAGAGCGAUGAAGAAGACAUGAGUUUGGACAGUCUUCUCAAGCAAACAAAAGAAGAUUACCAACAGAGUACAAAUGGUUCAGAAGUUCUCAUCCCAACAUCUGAGGCCAACUCAGAGAAAGAGAGCCCAAAGGGGGGUGUAGAGUUUGGUUUUAGUUUGCACCACAGCCCUCUUGGCGCACCACAGACCCCCUUCCAUCAAACUGUGCAUGAUCCUCAACAGCCUUUAUCACCUUGUAUUCCAGAUCAUCUAAUAAGGCGGCCCAGUCCAGAGUCUAGCUUCAGUCCGCAUGUACAGAGACGUAAACCACGGCCAUUUUCUACUGGGAAUAUAAAUAUCUCAUUCCUCGGAAUGACAGGGGAUAGAUCUGGACUGUCAGAUCCGAAUCACUGGAGCUCAGUAGAGACUGAAAGUGUUCUCAACAGAAGGGGCAGUCGCCAAUCCUCUUUCUGUGCAUCCAGUCCAGUUCGGGAAAAAAACAGUCCCAUGAGCCCCUCAGGUCCCAGCCCGAUUGGGCAACCUGAACGUCUGUCGUCAACAUUUCGCCGGCGGUCCCACACCAUGGACAGUCAGCUGGGUACUAACCAAGCUGGAUCCGAUCACAUUGACCGAAGUCAAGAGAGGACACCUCGCUUCAUGGCAGGGGUCGUCACCAUCUCUCCUUCAAGUAGACGGAACUUGAACGCUCCGUUAAACAAGUCAUACAAGCUUGAGAAUCGAUCACCGUAUCUGCAGCAGGCUCAUGUUACUCCUGAGUUAACUCAGGCUAAGCACAGGACGGACCUUGAUGAUCCUCAAGGACCAUGUGACCUGCAUGCCAACACAGAGGAGACCCAGAGGCGAGCUCUGGAGAACAUGCAAAGGCGAUUGGAAGAAGAACACGCCUUGCAAAUGUCCAUGCUGCUGGCCGAGCAGGAAAAAGAGCAACAGCGCCUUCGUUUGGAACUGGAGGACACUGAAAGAAGACUUCGUGAACAGGAGUCGGUGCGUCUCCUGACCUCUGAUGCCUGCAGGUGGAACGGACUUCCAGGAGUGAGCAUGUCCACCUCCGGGAUAAGUCCUGCUCAUGUCCCAGCUGAGCGAUCACCAGGAUACAGUAUGGGUUUUCCAAGUCCUAUCAGUCCUAAUGUGACCUCUCCCUCAGUCCAGUCUCCUACCUUCCUUCGAGGGUCCAUUUGGGCAUCUGGCAAACCUCACACAAGGCUAAGUCAGGUUCUGACAGCAGAACAACAGAGAGCGUUGUGUCGAAUCGGCGCCAUCGCCCGUGGCUUCCUCAUAAGAAGGAUGCUGAAAACGCACAAGGUCAAACAUCUGCGUCAGACCAUCACGGAUACACAGGCGUUCAUUAGUUCCUUCCAGAGCGAAGCUCCAUUUAAAAGAGUCUCGGAACAGGAUCUUUGCCUACAAGAAAGAGUCCGAGCGCAGUUGCGUGCAGCCCUUUACGACAUUCAUGAACUCUUCUUUGAAAUGCCUUUGGAGGAUCGAUUAGCCUUGCUGCAGCAGGACAGAGAGCUCUGUGUCGAGAAGAAGCUGCGAGACAUGGACAAAGCUAAGAGCCACAAAGAGAAAGUCAUUCUGUCUGCUGCUACGCAAAGAGCUCUGGACAGGAAAAAGAGGGAGGGGGAAUCACCGGGACAGGCGAGAAAGGUCAUGCAGAAGCCAAAAAGUCCUACCCCUAUCAGAGUUCAGAAGUCGAGCCAAGUCCAAAAAUCUGUUCCGAGCCAGCUAAACCGCCAGGGGAGCUGGUACAAAAAGACCCCGGAAACGAGAGUCAAGCGCAUGGACAACAUGAAGAACCUGAAGAAGCAGCAUUCUCUGGGCUAACAGGUGGCAAUAAUGUCCUCUUAGGACCACUACUAGUCUAUUUCAUAGCAUAUUUGAUAACUUAUACUGUAUAUUAGGCAGUGGAAUCAUGUGAUUCUUACCAGCCAAUUAGUGAAGAGACGUAUAAUAAUAACAGUGAAAACCUUUGAAUUUAUUCAAUAUAAACAUAUAAUAAGAAAAUAAUGACAAUUUGGAAAAAACAUUACCAAAGGUAAUUGUUGUCAUUAGUGUCCAUAUAGUCGCAUUAAAAUAUAUUCUACAAUUGUAGGGAUCAACUAUAUAAAAAUGUGCCUAAAGAGCUAUACCUUUAGUCUGAAAUGAAUUUAUUAGCUAUCGGGGUGCAUAAACAUCCAUAAGUGCUGUAAGUAUUAUAAGUAUGACAGGGCAUUUACAUUCAUAUGGACUUUUAAACAUGUUGCCUUUUUUGCAUAUUAUUAGCAUCCAUUUUUAGAUUUUGCCUUACGUUUAUGCCAAAUUACAAGAACUUUGAAUGUAUUUGAUUGUAUUUUGUUUACAUACUGACAAACAUUUUAUUUAUUAUAGCGUCCUUAAUUUUUAAUUAUUUUUAUUUUAAUAUUUAUUUUUUUCCCUUGUGAUGUAAUAUUAUAUUUAUUCACUUAAUUUUAUUACUUUUUUCUCACAAAAUUAUAACUUUAUUCUUGUAAUAUAGGUCAACUUUCUUAUUGUGGUAUUUAUAUCAUUUAUUUGUUUUGCUUUUCAGUGCCUACAUUUAUUAAGAAUUAUGACUUUUUUUAAAUGGCCCAAAAAUGUAAGUAGAAAGUAGAAAUGUUUUUUAAAAAAAACUGUACUACAAUGAUGAAAUAUAGUAUUAUAGAGUUCCCACAUAAAAUAUAUCUGCAUAUUCAUCAUGACUAAUGACCAACAUGAGUAAUUUCCUUUUCAUUCAUUCAUUCAUUUUCAACCGCUUAUCCUCACGAUAUUUUCUAUGAUUGGAAUAAAUGAUGAAUUAUGGAUUUUCCAAUUGUAAAUGUGAAACAGAAAAUGCACAGAAAAUGUGUAGGAAAGCCCGUGCAGGUGUGUUAAUUCCACAAGUGAAGUCAGGUGUGGAAGUCCAUCAGCUGGUCUCCAUCUUCAUCACUGAGUGUGACUUUAAAAAGCAUGUGACCUCAGCACUAGUUAGUCUUCUUCUACCUCUUUGAUCCAUAGCACAUCGUCUUUCAAGGACUUGACUUUAUAUGAAAAAACUGUCUCAAUAUAAAUACAGAUUUAAAGAAAAUACAGACUAGACCCUUUCAGACCAGGUUUUAGUGUGUUCCUGUCAUCCCCCUUUCAAUAAUCUCUCUGAUGUCCAUUUAUUUAUUAAAUUAAAUAAACCAUUCCCUCAGCCGUAGAACUCUGGUCAUAUGCUGCCCUCUGUUGGUGACAUAGUGUUAUUACAUGCUGCCUAUUAAAAGCAGAGGCAGAACAUGCUGCUACUCUUAGUGCAAACAGUCAAUGUAGAUUUUUUUUGUGGAGGAGGGAGUUAGAGGGAGAAAAGUGAUGUUUUGUGUGUGAAUAUAUUACAUACAGUCAUACUAAUGCUAAUAAUAGUAUUCAUGCAAUAAUCAUAUGAUGCCCCACCUCUUUUAAAAAAAAAACAUUAAAAAAAUUGUUAGACGUGUCUGAGUGUCAUGAUAAUCGCUCACCAUGGGGACAAAAUAAUCUGGUGGUUUCUCAGCAUAAUCGGUCAAUUUUAAAGAUUAAAAUCUGCCUAUUAUUGUUUUUUUUUAAAUAUAUUUUUAAAUUCUAUCACUUAAAAAAACAUUUUUGU